UAUUACUUUCUAGUAAAUAUUCGUAGUGAAUCAGUUGAUAUAUUCAAUAUUUUAAUCCUACCUAACCUCACAAUUCUUUCAACAAUAUAUCUGUUUUAUUUAAUUUUAAGCUUUUCCAGUAUGAAUAAUUCUUUAAAAAGUGAUGAAAAUUGUGUGAAUAAAAGUGACACAAAUGAUGAACCGAAAACUUUAUAUUUUGAGUGCAAUCCUACAGGUGCAUUAAACGACGAACAUUCAGCCGCGGCAGCAUCUCCUUCUUGUAAUAACUAUUAUGAUGAUAACUAUGACAGUACUGUUACACGGGUAUUAAAACAUUAUCGACCACGUGGGGCUUUAGCUCGAGCCCUCUAUCAGAAACAAAUCUCUGAUGAACAACUCAGAAAUUUCGAUAAGAAUCAGUGGUAUAAGUGUAAUUUAAACGGCCUACCAAAUGAAUUAACGAAACGUUUUUUGCCACUCUCAUUGGAUGAAGAUACAAACCAGUUUCUUAUACAGUCAGAAGAAAAAUCGGAAUGGAUUCUUACACAAUUAUGGCAUACAAUUGCAAAAGCAUUCCUUGGAUGGUUCAUGACACAAACUUCAAUCAAUGGAUGGCUGGGACGUGGUUCAAUGUUUGUCUUUUCAACGAAACAAUUUUGUUACUUAUUAAAUUUACCAUACGAUUGGGUUGGAGAAUCUUGUUUAGAUUUGGGUGCUGGCGAUGGUGCAGUUACAGCACGAGUUGCUCCAUUAUUUAAAGAAGUUUAUGUAACAGAAAUAUCCAAUCAAAUGCGAUAUAUUUUACAAAAACAAAAUUUUAAAAUUCUGGACAUUGAUAACUGGCAUUUAGAUCACAAAUUUGAUGUAAUAAUGUGUUUAAAUCUAUUAGAUCGAUGUGAUCGACCAUUAGACAUUUUACAAAAAAUGCAUUCAAGUCUUACACCUGGUGGUCAUAUUGUAAUUGCAUUGGUUCUACCGUUCUCACCGUAUGUUGAAACUGGAGGCGAUAAAAGUCAUUUACCGACAGAAAGAUUAAAUAUAACUGGACGAACAUUUGAGAAACAAGUAUUCAGUUUUUGGCAAAAUGUUUUAAUUCCGAACGGAUUUGAAUUAGAAAGAUGGAGUCGUGUACCAUACUUGUGUGAAGGUGAUAUCAAUCAAUCAUUCUAUUAUCUAGACGACGCAAUAUUUAUUGUGAAAAAGGCUGCAUCAACGAUUAAUUAACAAAACUAAACAGUACUGUGGAAAAUAAUUAAAAUUGCAAAGAACUCUUGACCAAAUUGUAAUAUUUAUUAAGACAAUUUAUGUGUGAUUAAAAGUGUAAGAAACAAAUGGGUACAUGCAUGAGUGUAGUUUUUUGACCAAAUUUUGGACAAUAUUUAGACAUUGCUCAAAUAAGUGACAGUUAUGAGUUUUACCUUAGGGUACGUUUCAUUUGAUCACUUACAUGCUUAAAGAAGUUUUAGGUAUUGUGCGUUAUUUAAAGACGUCACAAAAUUUGCUUAUGUGCGGCAAUUGGAACAUAAGAAAUCACCAUUUUCUGCUGAUUUAGUAUACAGCUCAUUAACCACAACAAAUCGAACAUUGUAACCAAUCUUCGGUGUGUAGUUCCACGUAUUGUUCUCAAAAAAAGCAAAACACAUCUUUUGAUGUUUCCUCGAUUUUGUCUGUUCUUUCUUAUUACUAUUCUCUUUUCUCUUUCCUUUCUGAGAAAAGUAUUGCGAUUGCCUAUGAGAAUUUAUUUAGUAGUAUCUAAUUAGGGUCAUUCAAGAUAAGUUUUAAAAUGGCGAUUAUGAGCGCAUGAAUGCGGAAGCACUUAAAUCAUGUAGUCGUUCAAAUGAAACAUACCCUGAAUAAAAUAUUUUCAUACGGCUGGCCGCAGGGUUCAUCAUAAUAAAAUAGCAGAGCACCAGAAAUAACACUUGCUUCUUCUUUGAUGUUAGUGUGUAGGAAAAUAAUAUUCAUUACGACAGCACAUUGGCAUUAUUAAAGGAAUGUCAGCAAAAAUUACCACAUCACAUUGAACACAUAUCUAAAAGAAACCACGAUAACGAUGAAAAACCAAAAUAAGAUUAGAAAAAUAUUAUUUUAGAAAAUUAUUCUUCAAUAAUAAGAAAUAUAAAUGAAUAUAAAACAAGUGAAAACAACCAAUUGACGGAGUUAAUUGAAAUAACCUGUAUUCCAUCACCCCGAAUAGGGCUAAGUAAUUACGUUCUUUGAAUACCAAUAUUGCUCUUCAUUACUGAAUUCAAAAAAAUAAAGACAAGUUUGUUGAAAAUUCUAAAUUUUUAACAAAUUUAGAAGUUUAUAGUAGGACUAUAACUCUUCAAAGUCUGAAUAACCCCGUGUCUCAAUGAUAUUGAAGUUUUUGUAGUUAGCACAUCAGCCAUAAAAUACAUAAACGAACGCAUUUAUCCAACAAAUAAACUCGUGCGUGUACCUAAUUGGUUAAUUUAAUGUCUUAGUAUUAAAAAUUUGUUAAAAAAUAAUUUAUUAAUGUGAAAAAACAUUCGACCAAACAUAGCUAAUGUUUUCCAUACAUUUAAAUAUAUAAAUCUGUCGAAUGGUUCAUAAUCGCGACCGCCAUCUCGAAUUCAUCUUCACAUUGUCCAUUCUUUAGUUUACAUAUUGCCAAGUUCCGAAGAUAGACAUCAAAAGAGUGGCGAUUAAGAUCAUGUAUUCAUUUCUUAUCUACAAUUGAUUAUCAUUGACUAUGUUCUCAUCAACGGCCUGCAAUACGUCGUCCAAACUUUAAACGGUACCAUGGUCUUUUUUUUUGGCUUAUGAUGGAUUUAGACCAUAACGGCUUUGAUAUUUCUCAUUCAAAGGCAAUAUUGAUACCUGUAUUUUUGGAUGGAACGAUAAUGAAUAUGCAUGAAUUUCAACGAAAUUUAUUUAUAAAAGCAGCUUAUUUACCAUAA